AGGGUUUCACUUGUUCAUAGAGGAAAAUCUAAUACAAGAAAAUGGCAGGGAGAUUGAGCAAUGUAGCAUCAAGGAUCAUGGGCGGAAACGGAGUUGUUUCUCGUUCCGUGGCUUCUUCUCUUUGUCUUCGCUCCGGCAUGGGCCUCCCUGUUGGCAAACACAUCGUCCCCAACAAACCACUUCCUGUAAAUGACGAGCUGAUUUGGGACAACGGGACUCCAUUCCCCGAACCCUGUAUAGAUCGCAUUGCUGAAACUGUGGGAAAGUAUGAAGCAUUAGCUUGGAUGUGUGGAGGUUUGAGCUUUUUUGCGUCCCUUGGACUGUUGGCCGUGUGGAAUGAUAAAGCCUCUAAGAUACCGUUUACACCUAGGGUCUAUCCAUAUGAUAACCUGCGAGUGGAGCUUGGUGGAGAACCUUAGAUAUAUCUGGUGCAAAAAAGUGCAUGAACAUUGUUGUUACUCAUGUGUUCUCUUGUCCAUUUGUUUCUCUGGUGUUGGUAGUGUCAUUGGAAAUAAAGGAUAACUGCAGGCUCUAGCUGAAAUUAACCUGUCCAAACAUAAUUUUUAAUGUGAUUCUCAUUAGAAGUUUUAUAAUCUCAUGUUUUCUUUAUCCAGUUAGAAUGAUCUUGUAUGCCUUAAUAUCUUCCAAUCAAAUUGGCUCUCUAACAAGAUGCCCAACACACCAUUGGAAGGGGAGUGUCAA